AUGAAUACCAAAUCAGUAGCGCUCUUGGCAUAUUUUUCCUUUUUGUGUGGAUCUGUCUCUGGUGAUUUAGGAUGUACAUCUAUUGGUGGAACAUGUCAAUAUACCAGUACAUCAUGCAGUGGAAACUAUCAAAGUAAUUUGUGCAAUGGUCCAUCAACCAGAAAAUGUUGUGUACCCAAUACUGGCGAUGUAGGAUGUACAUCUAUUAGUGGAACAUGUCAAUAUACCAGCACAUCAUGCAGUGGAAACUAUCAAAGUAACUUGUGCAGUGGUCCGUCAACCAGAAAAUGUUGUGUAACCGGAUCAUGUUCCGGCAGUGCAUCAGCUUGUAGAAUUUUGGCACUCCAUAACAGCGGUGAAAUCACUCUUCAGAAUCGACAUCCUUCUGGGGUAAAUGAUGGGGCUUUUCCAUUACUCAACAUCCAGGAUGCUUGUAAUGGACAACAAUCGGAAAGAUCAAGUUAUAGUUGUGGAGAAUGUAGCUCAGGACCUGCUCCAGGCGGUUCAGUUUGUAUUGAUAAUAGAGUAUUAUCAUAUAUUGAAGCUAUUGCAGAAUUACAUUCAGUUACGAUAACCUCCAUUACUGGUGCCUGUCACAGUUGUACUUCCAAACAUUAUCUUGGUAGAGCUGUAGAUAUUCGUAGAAAUGGACCGUACUCGUCUUAUGUCACCAAAUGCAACCAACUUGGAGGACGCGGUAUAGACGAGGGAACUCAUAUUCACUGCCAAUUUGGUUAA